GCAACUACUCCAUGCCCCAUGAAUUACUGCAUGGAGAAAAGCAGAGCCUUAAGAUGAAUAUCAAUUUCCGACAACAGCCUGAGCUUCAACUGAACUACAAAGGAACCAGGAGGACUUAUUUUGUUUGUAGACACUCCCCACACCCUAAAGUAUGUCACAUUAAAGGAUUAAAUGAUGCCCCUGUCUGCUUUGUACGAGACCGAGGGUACAAUGAAGGGCAUUUCGUCAUGCCAGGCCCAGCAUACAACCACCUUAUAGCAUCUUGGAAAACACAGCAGAUAAGAUUUUUCCUAAUAAUACUUUGCCAGCAUUGGACAGAGGGAGUUGGACUAACUCUUCCACAUCUUACUAAAGAUGAAGGUGCUGAGCUGAGAAGUCAAGGAAGAAACACUCCUCUCUUAAGGAAAAAGGAUGAGCCUCUGACAAAAUACUUAGAAGACCGUCCACAAAGUAGGGCUUGUCAGGAUCUCCACCUUUUGCCUCUUCAGAGAACGCACUAUAAAGAAAACUUCAAGGAAAAUAUGAAUUAUGCCCCAAGCUAUCUGGAUCAAGAAAUAAAUGACAACAUUAAAAUCCUAGAAAAACUCUGUGACAUUUUACAGACAGACACCAUUGGAGGGAUUCAAAAGUGGCUAUCCAAGGCAAGUGUGAGAGAUAAAGAGUUUGUCUCCAAUUUCAUACGCUCCGAUAUGACCAGCCGCGACCUUUUGUAUUUUAAGCCAAUAGUCCAGCCUGAAAGUGAACUUCCAAACAUUCAGGCUUUGCUGAGGCAAAAAGGAACACCUAAUGAAGGUAGCCGUGUCAGGACUUCAAGCCAAGCAUCGCUAGUCAGUAGAGGAUCAAGACCAGAUACAGAAAUAAGUCAUUUAUUGCAAAGAGAGAGAAAAUAGAUGAAAAUGAGGAGGAUCUUCCCAGCAGUUCUGCAAAUCACUCAAGUAGCACUCAGUCUGCUUUCUCCGCCCAAAAUAACAACCUUUUGUUAUACCACAAGACUCGCCUUAAAAAAACUUAAUUCAGGAGGAAUUCUUCACACCUGUUCCUGUCCUGAGAAUCUUUGAAAAUGACCAUGGUAUUUUCUUGGAAGGUAGCGUGCAAUGAAUCUCUGACAGUGACCUCCUGAUCUAAGGCCAAAUCUUGAACAUUAUACAGUGAACUAGUAAUGAAAAUGCUAAAUACAUUUUAUUUGUCUUUGUAAGAGCUCACACUGAUGUUUGAAGUUUGUAGAAGACAUAACUGACAUUUCCAUCAUGUCAGGAUACAAAUAAUGAAGUAAUUCAUUUACUUAUAACUCUCAGAAUUUUAAGUACCCUUUUCAUUGAGAAUUAACUCCAAAAAAGAUACUAGUCUGGAUUUAAAAACUUAAAUUAUCUUCUGUUUUGACCAUUUACAAUUGGUAAUUUGGUUUCUAUUAAUCCAAGAAAUAUUUUACUUCAUCUAAUGUUGUUUUAACUUUUAGAUCUUAUAUUUUCAACAAAAGUAAGUCAACAGUUGCAUGCUUAUUCAUUUCUCCUUUCCAGAAUUCCAUGGAAGGAUAUUGGUGCUACCUUAAAGCUAUCUUAAUAAAUGAUAGGUUUCCAUAGGCCCAUAAUAGCAUAUCAUCAACCCCAAAAUGGAAUAUAGAGAUGUGGCCUGAACAUCUCUACCAUUUUUCUGGAGGGGCUAGGUGGAUCUCAAGAAUUGUAUGCUGCGCACAUCUUUAGGGACGAAAGGUAGCUUAGGAGAGAGAAUGAGAACAGUCGUACUAUCUUUGGACAGAAAGAAUUUUAAGAGUCUUAUUACUAAAAUCAGAUUGCAUAUAUAUGUUUGUGGAGAAAUCUGAAUCAACACUGCAAAAGCAGUGGUGGGUUCUGGAGGUACGGCCCGGUACGGCCGUACCGGUGGCAGCUGGAAACAGUGGCCGCCAUACCGGAAAUGGGCCAAUUGUGCAUGUGCGCACAGCGUACGGUGCCUGUGCAAACACGCUGAGCAGUUGGGACAUUGUAGGGCGUUGGUGUGCACAUGCACACGCAGCACGCAUGCCCGAGGUAGACGUCCAGCCCCAUCGCAGCCUACCGGUUGCAACGGGAUCAGAACCCACUACUGUGCAGAAGCUUCAGACUUCAAGGGAUUAUGGCGUCUGAAAAAGCAUACCAAGGGCUAGAGAGAAUAAUUGUUACUUUCAAACUCUAGCUAAGCUCCUUGUAUCCCAAAGCAUCAUUCUGAAUCCUUAUUUGUGUAAGAGGAGUAUCAGUGCAAUACUGGAAUAUAAAAAGAGCUUUAGGCAGUCAAUAACAUCUUCAAACUCAUUUUGAAAUUGUCUUCAGGGACUUGCCCAUGUAGUUUGCUUGGCAGUGAUGCAGAAGGUGCGCAUGUGCAUAUAUAGUCAUGCAUAAUUUUGUAUUUAUUCAGCCAUGUUUAUGUAGUGUAUAUUAGAGGUUGAGACCCUUUGAUAGCUGAAGGCAACAAAAUUUCAUUUUAACAUAUGCCGAUUAGUGUACAUCCAAAGGGACAAUAAAGCUAUUCUAAGUCUAGUCUAAAGUGGGAAACCACAAGUUCUAAUCCUGCCUUAGCCAUGAAAGCCAUGGCUGGGUGACCUUGGAGCAAAUCACUCACUCUCAGCCCCACACAUCUCAAAGGGUUGUUGCUGUGGAGGAAGAUGAUGUGUUGCAGAGGUGGGUUUCUACCGACUUGCACUGGUUUGGUCAAACUGGUAGUGGUCAUUUGGCCUCGAUCGCAGAACCAGCAGUGAUCCAGGCUAGCCAUGCCCCCAAACCAG